GUCUGGGUAAACAGGCUGUGUUUUCUACUUCGGGUAAUCACAACUUAUUGCUAGACUCGCAUAUAGACGCGUGAGUUACUCGUUCAUUCCUCACCACAACUCAUCUUAUCACAAUCAUGAUGGAGGACUUGAACCUUACGAAAGAGCAAGUCACUCUGCUGAAGAAUGCCUUCGUAGCUUUUGACCACGAGAAGAAGGGCUGUAUUGGGAUAGACAUGAUAGGCACUAUACUGGAAUUGCUUGGACAUGCGCAGACUCAGAGUCAGUUGGAGCAUAUCAUAAAAGAAGUAGACGUGGACGGUUCAGGGGAGCUGGAGUUUGAGGAAUUCUGUAUCCUCGCGUCUAAAUUCUUGUCGGAAGAAGAGGAAGACACGAAUCAGGAAAUGCUCACUUCAGAAUUAAAGGAAGCUUUCAGAUUCUACGACAAAGAAGGAAACGGUUACAUCACUACAGAUGAUUUCGUGGAGUUGUUGCGCGAAUUGGACCCUGACAUGACAGAGAGGGAAAUACAGGGCAUUGUCAAUGAAAUUGAUUCUGAUGGAUCAGGCACAGUUGACUUUGAAGAGUUCGUGAGAGCACUGCGAUGAAAUAUACGCUGAAGAUGUUGUUUAAUGAUAAAUAAUUCAUUAUAUAUUCAUCGCUAAUCGAUUCAGGUAUGAAAAUGUACAUGUGUAUGUGAUUAAAUGGAAUUCUUUCAUUA